AUGUUGCGGAGAGGCGUUUUCGAAAAGAUUGGGACAAUUUGGGGUGUGAGACAUGCUCAUCAAGAGGCCAGGAAGAUUAUUUCGGCUUUCCGAACAAUGCCAAUUAACGAUGACAUGUUUGGAUUGAACAGUGAGCAAAAAAUGGUAAGAGGCACGGGGGUUUAGGGGAAAAAGUAAAGCAACGUAUAGAAUGAAUCAAAACACAAAACAGGAGGUUGACAUUGAUCUCUUUCUUCUUUUAUUCUCUGUAAAACACAAUUGUGUACGUGCAAGUAAAACAUUCUAAACAAAUCACAAAACAAACCCACAAACAUAUCGCAUUUCAGCUUCGUCGCUCGGUAUUUGAAUUCACCCAAAAGGAAUUAGCCCCAUAUGCUAAAGAAAUCGAUGAGAACGACCAUUUCGACCGUCUCCACGAGUUCUGGCUCAAAUGCGGAGAGCAGGGAUAUCUCGGGGCCACAGUUGCCUCAGAAUACGGCGGAUCUGGUCUUGGAUAUUUCGACCAUUGCUUGAUUGUAGAGGAAAUUCACCGAGCUUCUGGAGCAAUUGGAUGUCGCUAUGUGAACCACAGUAAUCUUUGUGUCAACCAGAUCCAUAGAAAUGGAACUCAUGAGCAGAAACAAAAGUACCUGCCUAAAGUAAGAUAAUAUCAGUCUCAAAGAUACAGCUCAACAACUUACUGACCGUUCUUUUAGUUAUGCAGUGGAGAGCAUUUCGGAUCAAUUUGCAUGAGCGAAACUACCGCUGGAACCGACGUUGUGGCUAUGCAAUGCCGUGCGCGUAAGGAAGGGGAUGUUUAUGUUAUAAAUGGCCACAAAAUGUGGAUUACCAAUGGUCCAGACGCCGAUGUCUCCGUUCUUUAUGCCAAAACAGCUCCUGAAAAGGGAAAACAUGGAAUCACUGCUUUCAUUCUGGAAACUGUAAGCCAUCAUUCGUCUCUUACUACAUGCUUUUGACACCUAGGUUGAGAAGAACAACAAUAAUACACUUACUUUGAUUUAGAACUCCAAGGGAGUUACAAAAAUGCCAAAGAUUAACAAGAUGGGCAUGCGGGGCUCAGCCACUUGCCAAUUAAUCUUCGAAGACGUCGAAAUCCCGGCGGAAAACGUACUGGGCGAAGUGAAUAAUGGAGUUUAUGUUCUGAUGAGCGGAUUGGAUCUGGAACGUCUCACUUGCGCCGCUGGAUCUUUGGGUAUGAUGCAAGCUGCUUGUGACGUUGCAUUUGAUUAUGCAAACCAGAGAAAGAUGUUCGGCAAAAAACAAAGUGAACUACCUGUAAGAGGGUAGAAGAUUUCAGGUAAUACAAACCUAAAUUUAGAUCAUGCAAGCAAAAAUCGGCGAGAUGUAUACCAAACUUGUCUCAUCUCGAGCCUUGCUUUAUGCCAUUGCGAGGAGCACAUCAGACGGAGCAGUGUCUUCCAAGGACUGUAAUGCCGCCUUCUUCCAAUGUGGAGAGUUAGCCACCCAAGUUGCGUUGGAAGCUGUUCAGAUUUUAGGUACGUACAUCACCGAUAUAACACUUGAUUAAUUCCAGGAGGAAAUGGUUAUACCAGAGACUAUCCAGCCGAAAGAAUCGCCAGAGACGCCAAAUUGUAUGAAAUAGGAGCCGGCUGCAAAGAAAUUCGUCUAAUUGUGAUUGCCAGAGAAAUUAAUAGUUUCUAUGCCUAAAAUAUUGUGAUAAAAAAGAGAAGCGAAUAAAUGAAUUUGGAAACGUUCUGCUUACCUUUACAUUGCUUGCUUCCGUUUCUGACAGGAAUUCUCGGGAUUCCUGUAUAUUUUGUUUGACAUUUUGUUUCGGUAGAGAAAUUCAAUAAAAGAACAAAAUGUAAAAAAUGCGGAGAAUUUUUUCUUGAACAGCGAUAUCGCGAUUUUGACUUGUCGACUUUGUGAACCUGCAGGCCUGGUUUGGAUUACACUCGAUUGCGUGAAUCGAAAGAGUCCAUUUCCAUCAUCUUUCAGCGAGGUAAGUCCUUCACAAAGUUUUGUAUAAGAAAUUUUGGGUGUAGGCCACGCAGGUUCUAGAAAUUUCCGAUAUUCCUGUUGGAAUUCCUCCUCAUUUGGGCCUAAAUCAUUUCGAAUUUACGGUUAAAAAAGUUGUAUUCUUGUUUUUCUGAGCCUUGUUACCGUUAUUCCAGGAGUUCCCGGAGAUGGCUAUGAAUCGUGAGACUGGAGCAGUUCGUGAUGAUGCACUGAAGUUAUUUGAGUGCAAACCAUUUGACGAGUUCGCGAAGAAAGUUUGUCAGAAGAUGGCCAUCGACGAAAAACUCGGCAGGCCGCCAUCAAAAUUGUUGUAAGUUUAUGUUUAUUUUUUUAUCCGAGAAUUUAGAAUAAUGGCUUUCCAUUUGCACAGCACUAAUGGAUCUUUUUAGUCGCCGUCCAAUUGAUUACUAUCAUUGGUACGUCCUGUUCUAUGAGCAACUGAACUACAACCCUGACUUCAUCCCUGCCGAGUUCCCGAUCCUUUAUCCGGAGUGGAUGUAUCCCUUUGGCGGAAUCCCUGAAAAGCUGAUGGAAGUGCUCCGCCAGCGAGGAGAAUAUCCACCACCUGUUCCCCAUGAUUGA